AACGGCAUCUUUGCCAGCGCGGCUGCUCCCAAGGUACUCCUGACCCGCGAAGCCGGCAAGAACGACAAACUGCGUGACGCUCUCACGAUUAAGGGUUUUAGAUGCGUUGAGCUACCGCUCAUCGAACACACGGACGGCCCGGACAAAACGCUCCUCCCGGGUCUGUUGGCCACCGCCUCGGAGCUGUACGAAUGGGUGGCGGUGACGUCACCCGAGGCAGCUGCCGUAUUCCUUGAGGGCUGGGAGCAGGCGGGGAAGCCCCGGGUCCGUGUGGCGGUGGUGGGCGGGGGCACGGGCGAGGUGCUCCGCCAGGGCGGUAUCACACCGGACUACGUGCCGUCCAAGGCGCUGGGCAAGGUGAUGGGUUCGGAGCUACCUCGCGUGCCCGGGGGCAGUGGCCGGGUGCUGUACCCCGCAUCGGUGAAGGCCUCCACCGACCUGCAGGACAGCCUGGCGGCGGCGGGGUUCGAGGUGCACCGAAUUAACACUUACAGCACGGGCGCCGUGAAGUCCGUGCCCGAGGAUCUGCUCCGAGAGGCCCUCACUGCUGACGUGGUGACGUACGGCAGUCCCAGUGCCGUAAAGGCCUGGGGCCCCCUGCGCCGGCAGACGGAUAUGUUUUCCACACACUUCAUCAACGCCUGCAUCGGCUCCACGUCCGCCAAGGCCUGUGCCUCCGCGGGGAUUACGGAGAACGUGUACUACCCAGAUUCGCCGGGGAUGGAGGGGUGGGUGGAGGCGGUGGAGAGGGGUUGUCGCGAUGCUCAGUUGAUGGCCGCAGCUGUGUAA